CCGAGGCGAGGAGCGGGCGGACCGCGAGGGAGGCGGGCUCCGGGCGGGCGAGAGGCGCCGGCCCGGGCUGAAUCGCAAAACGGCGGCCAGACUUGCCCGGGAAGGGCAAGCGAAAGCCCGCCGGGCCGGGCGGGCCGGGCCGGGCUGCGGGAUUGAGGAGCGCAAAGCUCGGUACCUCGGUGCCUGGUGGCGACAGAGGAGCCCAGCCGCCCACUCUGCGUCGCCCGAGACCGCAACCGCGGGCGGCCCCCCUGGGAUGUCCGAGGGACCCAGGCAUCCAGGACGGUAACGGAGCGAGCCCGAGGAUGGGACGGCGCCCGCAGCUCCGGCUGGUCAAGGCCCUUCUCCUCCUGGGGCUGAACCCUGUCUCCACCUCCCUCCAGGACCAGAACUGUGAGAACCUGUCCCUGGCCAGCAACAUCUCUGGGCUGCAGUGCAACGCUUCUGUGGACCUCAUUGGCACCUGCUGGCCCCGGAGCCCUGCAGGGCAGUUGGUGGUACGGCCCUGCCCUGCCUUCUUCUACGGUGUCCGCUACAACACCACAAACAGCGGCUACCGGGAGUGCCUGGCCAAUGGCAGCUGGGCCGCCCGCGUGAAUUACUCUGAGUGCCAGGAGAUCCUCAGUGAGGAGAAGAAGAGCAAGGUGCACUACCACAUCGCUGUCAUCAUCAACUACCUGGGCCACUGCAUCUCCCUGGCGGCCCUCCUGGUGGCCUUUGUCCUCUUUCUGCGGCUCAGGAGCAUCCGGUGCCUGAGAAACAUCAUCCACUGGAAUCUCAUCUCGGCCUUCAUCCUGCGCAACGCCACGUGGUUCGUGGUCCAGCUCACCAUGAGCCCCGAGGUCCACCAGAGCAACGUGGGCUGGUGCCGGUUGGUGACAGCUGCCUACAACUAUUUCCAUGUGACCAACUUCUUCUGGAUGUUCGGCGAGGGCUGCUACCUGCACACGGCCAUUGUGCUCACCUACUCCACCGACCGGCUGCGCAAGUGGAUGUUCAUCUGCAUUGGCUGGGGUGUACCUUUCCCCAUCAUUGUGGCCUGGGCCAUUGGGAAGCUGUACUACGACAAUGAGAAGUGCUGGUUUGGCAAAAGGCCUGGGGUUUACACCGACUACAUCUACCAGGGCCCCAUGAUCUUGGUCCUGUUGAUCAACUUCAUCUUCCUUUUCAACAUCGUCCGCAUCCUCAUGACCAAACUCCGGGCAUCCACCACAUCCGAGACCAUUCAGUACAGGAAGGCGGUGAAGGCCACUCUGGUGCUGCUGCCCCUGCUGGGCAUCACCUACAUGCUCUUCUUUGUCAACCCUGGGGAGGACGAGGUCUCCCGAGUCGUCUUCAUCUACUUCAACUCCUUCCUGGAAUCCUUCCAGGGCUUCUUCGUGUCUGUGUUCUACUGUUUCCUCAACAGCGAGGUCCGCUCUGCCAUCCGGAAGAGGUGGCACCGGUGGCAGGACAAGCACUCCAUCCGUGCCCGUGUGGCCCGUGCCAUGUCCAUCCCCACGUCCCCCACCCGCGUCAGCUUCCACAGCAUCAAGCAGUCCACGGCAGUCUGAGCUGCAGGCCUUGGCGCGGCCUCCGACGACCCUGUCUGUGGAGGCGACCGACCCCUUUCCACUCCCUCUCCACCCGGAGCUGCGCCCGGAGAGCCUGGGAGGACCCGUCCCCGAAGCAGUUGUUCUAGGCUUACGAGUGGACAGCAGCCUGUAGGCCUGGGCCGGGCCGGGCCCAGUUCUCCCUGAGGAAUGAAAUUGGAAUGGAACUGGGAAGCUGGAAAACCCUCAGCAGCACAUGGGGCUCCCCAAGAGUUGUCUUGUCUCAGCACAAAACGGCCACCCCACUGGAAAGCUGGGGUCCUCUGCAAAUCGGGGAGGCAUUCACCGCCCCAGGGCAUCAUGGGAAACUUAUGACAGCAUCCAUUCACCGUCAGGCCUCCAAGCAUUAGCCCACCACUGAGAACAAGGUCACGUUGUCUGGUCUGGAACCCUGGGUACAUUAUUAGAAAUUGGGUGACAUCAUCAGAUAGUGGGCCACAUCACUAGAAGUCAAUCCCAAGCCGCCAGAAUGUCAUUGGCACUGUGGCACUGCCAUCAAAAAUGCCCUGCCUUGCUGCCUUGCACCCUUGGACACUUAACUACCCAUGGGACGCUCCAGCUUCCCCUCACGUCCCCACCUACAGUACCCUGGUCCUGACUCCUGCCACUUGCUGCCUCUGGGAGUCUCCCAUCUGUGAGAAGUGGGGGCAGGAAGGCGGAUUGAGCGGCCUGUGAACAAGAGCCAGUGUGUGCCCCACGGAGGUCAGUCUCCCUUCGAGGCGGGAGAGAGGCCUUGGGGCCUGCAGCUGCCUCUGGGGCGGCUCAUCCACUAAGCAAAGGGAACAGGGCCCCUCUCCGCCUGAGGGCUCUGGAGCAACUGGCUCCUGGCAACUGGCUGGCAAACUGCUGCCCAGUGUGGACUGUACUGUCCCCCACAGCAGGGCCCCCACGUCUAGGGGGCUGGGCAGCUAGAGCAGGGAGGGGGCACGGGAGGCAGGGGUGCCGCUGCGUGUGGUUAAUGUAAAUAAUAAUAUUUAUCUUUUCAACCAGCAUUUGCAAAGGCCUGGACUCUGCCAGGGGUCAGGGAGAGGGUGCCGGAGAGGGUGCCUGAGAGGGUGGACACUGGGAAACCCCGCUAGCCACCCAGGACUGCUGGAGGGCCAGGGGUGGGGACUUGGAAGGAGAUGGAUCUGUCCUGGAUCGGGGAGGGAAGGGACCUGGAUCAGUAGUGUGGGGGAGGGCUGCCUUGGCAGGGGACAGCCAGUACAAAGUCACAGCCCACAGGCAUGGGUCCGCCCCAGGGAGGAGUGGAACUGAGAAGCAGGCAGCAGUUGGGAAGCUGGGGUGUGAGACUAAGGUGACCGAGGUGCCCAGAGUUUGCAGCACUGCGGGUGG